AUGGCCAGUGUUGAGUCCUUCCCCAUGAAUGGUGGCGGCAUCUACAGUUACUCCCACAGUUCUUUCUUGCAGAGAAGAGGCAUAGAUGUUGCCUUGAAAAUGAUUGACGAGAUGAUCACAGAGAAGCUUGAUGUGGGGGCGUUAAUCUCAACUUCAUCGAUAUUCAGGAUAGCAGACUUAGGAUGUUCCGUCGGUCCAAACACGUACUUUGUCGUGGAAAGAGGACUGCCCUGUGAAGAGAAAAUCCACUCAUUCAACUUGCCCCUUUACCAUCCGACUUUGGCGGAGAUGGAGGCCCUGGUGAAGCGAAAUGGGCAAUUCAACAUGGAGAGGAUGGGUCCGUUGGUUCGUCUGCCGCAUCCGGAGGCAUCUGAAGUGAUGGCCGAUGUGACCAUGAUGCACUUCAGAGCCGGCUGGGAGGGGCUCAUAAAGGCGCAUUUCGGGGGAGAAAUGGUUGACCCCGUGUUCGAACACUUCCGGAAGAAGGUCAAAGAAUCGUCCGUCUUUGCAGACCCUUCGUAUAAUCGGAAGGCCGAGACUUUCAUCCUCCUGUAG